AUUUCGAUGACUUGCGCAGAGCUGUUGCUAGCAACAACAACUAACACAUCCGGUAGAGAGGAUUUUUGACUUGCUCGAGUAAACGCCAAACAGCAAGCAUGCCUUCCAAUCCCGAUGAACCCUACUACUGCUCACAACAAAUUAAUAUCCCUCCAUCUCUACCUGAUAUUCUCAAGCAGUUCACCAAGGCAGCCAUUCGCACACAGCCCAAGGAUGUCCUUGCUUGGUCAGCAGCUUAUUUCAGGGCCAUGUCUAAAGGAGAAACUCCUCCUGUAAAAGAACGCCUUGAAAUGCCAGUGGCCACACAAAAGACAGAUACUGGUUUGACGCCGGGUCUUCUCAGAGUUUUGAACAAACAGCUGGGACCCAAGAAGACAGUCCCUCUGAGUGUGGUGGAAGAAAAAUGGCAAGAUGUAGCACUCCCUAAGGAACAGUUCGAUGAGAUUGUUAGAAUCGGUAGCUUUGGUGGCGAUGUGGAAUGGAACAAAUUCUUCACACUUGCUUGUUCAGCAUUAGGGGAGAACUUGACAGAUGCAAUGAAGCUUGUGUGUGAGAUCCUCACAGCAGAUCCUGAGGGUGGCCCUGCCCGGAUACCUUUCCCCCUAUUUAAAGAGUUAUACACAUACCUUGCACAGAUAGAUGGCGACAUUUCACAGGGUCACAUAGAUGAUGCUCUCUCCAACCUCAAAUACGAUGUGGAAAAGCAAGAUGGAUACAUCCAGCCUAGAAAUUUCCUUAGCCCAGAAGGACCAAAGUUAUCAAUGCCAACCUCAUCCUAGGGUUAAAACUUUUGUAUAACUCUCUGAACGUAUCAAAUCACUACCUGGAACAUCAUUCUACAUUAAAAUCUGCCACAUAUACAUUGAUAGAGGACCGCUACAGCAACAUUAUCAUUGUACCGAACUGAAACCAGUCAAACCAAAAUGUGGCUGUGCAUGAAACCUACAGUGCUGAAUAGUUAAUGUGCUUGUUGUUUCUGUUCCCUUAAAUCCUGCUGAAUUUUUCAUUAGACUGAAAGAACUUUAUAUGUAUAAUCUAAUGAGAGCAGAACAAUGCUUGUUAGUGAAAUUAUUGUUCAUAAUGCAAAACUAAAUUUAAUAUUUUGAUAAAACAACUUGUCAUUAUCUGAAGUCUGCAAAUGAUAAUUUUGUUUUAUUAUUUAUUAUCAUUUAUGUAUAUAUUCCUUUAGGUAAAAGAAAUAAUUUUGUUUUUGUUACUAUAAUGAUUAGUUACAUCCUUAAGGAAAAGGACAAUAUUUUCAGAUAAUACAAAUAUUUUUCUUGAUUAUCUUUCAAUUAUUCCAGUGAUAUGUAAUUUUAUUUUUACACUCCUCAAGAUUGGAAGCAUUUAAAAUUUUCAAUCAAGUUCUUGAAAAAAUAAAUGUUUAACCUUCUCACAAUAUAGAAGUUGUUUAAGAAGCUCCCAUACACUUAAGAGUUUAUCCUAUAUCCCAGUCAUAACUAUUUCAUCAAUACUGUUGAGUAUACAUAUUGUAUUUUAGAGUAUAUAAUAGUUGAAUGCCUUAAAUGACUUAACUUAUAUUUCAAAUUAUAUUUCAGAAUUUCUGUCUCACUGCUGAAAAAGUUCAGGUUCUCAGAUUAAACUGUUCUAAAUAUUCCUUUUUUUAUCAGAUAUUUAUAUUAUAGAAAUCGAAAGCUGAUAGAAAGGAUUUAAUAUAUUUUCAUGCAAUAAUUAUUCUUAAACUCAAGGUUUUCACUUGUUCUGUACAUGUCUGUAUUAAAUUUAUGAUGAUGUAAUUAAACCUUCUAAUGAGAUCA